AUGGCCGAUAUCGCUGUUAACAAUCUAAAUAAACACAAAAUCGAAAUCAAAAAUAUGCGAGGUCAGGGAUACGACAACGGAUCGAAUAUGAAAGGCAAGCACAUCGGUGUACAAGCGCAAAUUCAAAGUAUAAAUCCGUUGGCUGUAUUUAUCCCAUGCUCAAAUCAUACAUUGAACUUGUCAUUGAAUGACGCUGCAUCAGCCUCUAUUGAAGUUUGUGCUUUCUUUGCUACGGUACAGAAGAUUUACACUUUUCUUUCAGCAUCAACUACUCGUUGGGAUAUUUUGAAGAAGCAUUGCACAUCUAUUCAUGAUUUGGUGCCAAAAGCAUUAAGUACAACACGUUGGUCGGCGCGAUUAAAUGCAAUUAAGCCGCUUCGUAGAAAUCUCAAUAAAAUCCUUGCAACACUCGAUGAAAUCAGCAAUUCUGAGUCAUUUGAACCAUCUGUACGGUACGAGGCGGAAUGCAUAAUAAACCUCAUUGAUUUUAAAUUCAUUUGUUCGGUCUGUAUAUGGCACGCAAUAUUGGAAAAUUUUGACCGCGUAUCAAAACUGAUGCAACGUAUUGUAAUGAAUUUAAGCGGCGUUGAAACUCUCUUAUCUGAUAUUAGUCAGUUUUUAGCUGAAUACAAAGAAAACGGAUAUGAACGUGCUAUUACAGAAGCCACCGAAAUUGCCGAUGAAUUGGAAAUUCCGGCGAAUUUCGAACAAACCCGAAGAGGAAGACCUCGCCGAAACGAGACAGAUCCGGAAAAAUUGUUCAAAGAAAACUUUUUUGAUUUUGUUGUCGACGUUGCAUCCGAAUCGAUUGAGGAUCGAUUCAAAGUGAUUAAUUCACACAGCAAAUUGUACGCGUUUCUUUAUGAGUAUAAGGAGUUCAACGCACUCUAUUCAAGUGGCGAAUUGAUUACGCAUUGCAAACUUUUGAAAGAAACUCUGACUCACAACAACGAAUCCGAUAUCGAUGCCGAGGAAUUAUGUAACGAACUGCGCAUAGUUGGCAAAAUAAUGGAAAGCCACCAAAUUGAACAUACCAUCGACAUUUUGAAUGAAAUCGCAAAAAAGAGAUUAGAAAACUCACUACCAAAUGCGGUCAUUGCCUACAAGAUCCUCCUGACGCUUCCUGUAAGCGUUGCAACAGGAGAACGCACCUUUUCGAAAUUGAAGUUGACCAAAACGUACUUACGAAGCACAAUGCUGCAGGAACGACUCAGCAAUUUAGCGAUAAUUUCUAUUGAACAAGAUGUAGCAAAAACAUUGAAUUACGAUCAAAUUAUUGAUGAAUUUGCCCACCUCAAAGCUAGAAAAUGCAAUUUCGAUUAA